UCUGCCUUGCUUUUGCAUUGACUUCAAUUCCCUUGCUUUAUGUAUAAAAUAUCUGCUUUAACAUGCUCUCUCUCACUCCCACUGUCUCUCCUCCUCCAUCUCUAUUAUAAAUUAGAUCCAAUCCAUGCAAAGUUUAGAUCUUUGAAGACACCAGCUCUUUCUUAGAUCUGCCUAGAUUUCACAAAAAUGGCUCCACUCUUGUCCUCCUGUCUCAGAAAGGUACUUUUGCUUUAUCUUGUUCUGGUUCUGUUUACUUCUGUUCUUCUUCUUUCUGUCUCCUCAGAGUCUCAGAUUCAAAGCCAAUCAGAGUCUCUUGGUAGGAGAAGAAUGUUAGAAGACAAGCAGCCUAAGAGUAGUACUAAAACCACCAAUUUGUCCACCAAGAACCAAACCAAGCUCUUGAAACCCAAUUUGUCCUCCAAGAACCAAACCAAACUCUUCAAGGCCAAUUUGUCUGCCAAGAACCAAACCAAGCCGACAAAGCCCACAAACUCUACCAAAACAACAAUAUCCAUUGAUUCCAUUCCCAAGUCUGAAUUGAAGAAGUUGAAUUCCACAUCAAAAGCCUCAAACUUUACCAAAUCCAGUUCUUCACUCUCCACCAAGAAAUCUCCAGAUCUAACCAAAUUAAGCACACCCAAUUCAAAAAAACCAAAACCCACUUCCACAAAACAGAGCCAAACCAGUAUUGACAAGAAACUAAUUGACCCAGAUUCCCAGAAAGCAAAGAAGAAUCAACAAAAACAGACCCAACCCAGUUGGCUUGACCAGGAAGAAGAUGCUGAUUUGCUUUCAGAAUUCAGAGAUCUACCCACCAGACUUCAUCGAACACUCCUACCAGACCUGGAGAGAAUCUCAACAACAUCAAAAGCUUACCUAACGAAAGCCAACAAAGAAAUCUCAAAGAAUUUCAAACCAUAUGUUGGUAAUGAAUACGCACCCACAAUUGCCUCAUUUGUGUCUUUUGCUUUCAUUAUAAUCCCUCUGCUUCUGGUUUCUCUCCUUGUCAAUAGAAUCAAAGCUUAUUUUUCUCUCCAAAAGAUCCUGAUUUUCAUUCAAGUUUAUCUCUCAAUCUACUUCUCCAUCCUCUGUCUCUCUUCUCUAGUCACUGGACUUGAGCCUCUCAAGUAUUUCUACGCUACGGCGCGGUCCACUUACGUCUGUUUACAAGUUCUGCAAACGCUAGCGUAUGUUCUGUAUCUGUUGUUGCUGCUGAUGUAUCUGGUUUUGGUUUUUUCGACUGAAUGUGGGCUGGGCUCGAGGAUGCUGGGCCUGGGCCAAGCCUUCGUGGGCUAUGCAGUUGGGCUUCAUUAUUACGUGUCGGUGUUUCAUAGUGCUGUCUUGCGUCAACCACCGAAGACGAAUUGGAAGAUUCAUGGGAUUUACGCCACGUGUUUUCUUGUUAUUUGCCUGCUUGCGAGAGCUGAUAGGAGAAAGAAAUCUUAUUUAGAAGAAGGUGGUGAGGAAGGUAAACAGAAUUAAUGCAUCAUUGAUUGGCAUCUCUUUUUUUGCUUUGUUUUGAUUGUGGGGAUCUCUCCAAGGUAAAGUUCUUUGGAUCCACCCGACAGAGUAAACCCUAAGAACCGUGCAUCGUAUUUCCGAAAGUUCUCUAUACGGGAUCAUAUGGUAUUUUUGGCAUUUUAUCAACAUUAGUGUCUUUUGGGAAAAAAAAAAUGAUUUGUAUUGGCAACGUAAUACCAUUGGACAAGGUACCAUGGUGUUGCUCUUCAAGAUUAGGAGAAGUUGCAAGUAAUUUUGAAUUAUUUGUAUUUGUUAUUAUCAACAUAAAUGGAAAGGUAAUAAAGGGUUGAAAAUAUUGUUCAAUAUUUCUUUA